GAUUGGCUUAUAGGUUCCUGGUGACAAUAUCUCGAUGAAGAAAGGUCUGGUUUCCAUACUUUCCACCAGAGAUCAAAGUACCAAACAUUUUGUUAAACGAACGCUGCAUUUCGAACACGACGGAAAAACCAAGUCGGAGUUCAGAAUACCACACUAUGAACAUCCGGACUGGGAUAGAAGUCACAAUACUCCGAGGUCGGCAGAACACUUUGUUGCCUUCAUCAAAGAGGUUGAAGACGCAUCCGAAUCAUCUCACAUGAACGGACCGAUACUGGUGCAUUGCAUGAACGGUGCUGGAAAGAGCGGCCUUUUAUGUGUUGUCUUGACAUUACUUGAAACACUGAGUGAAGAUAAUGAAGUCAGUGUGGUUAAUGCGGUGAGGAAAGUCAGGGCUAGACGACCGCUUUCCAUUCCAAAUAAGGAACAGUUUUACUUUUGCUACGAGUGUGUUAUUCAAUCCUUGAAUGCAACAGAUAACGAUGUGUAUUACAACACAAGUCGGGAAUGA